CAUCACUCAUCUUUGUCACAAUGCCGCCAGACCCACUUACACGCUUCGACAACUUCAUCGUUGGCGAGAUCUUCUCCAAAGUGCCUCUGCACGACAUCACUCUCUCGCUUUACAAUGUGUCACGCGGAUGGCGACAGGCGGUCGUCUCCACCGGCGCGCUCAAGACGGCUUUUCUCAACCAGUCGUCCUUGUCGAUGCAGCAGAGGCGUCGGCUCAAGGCCCAAGGCGGCACUGUGACUGAUCCCCAGGCUGGCCCCGUCGACUGGCGGCAUCUGGCCUUGGAUCACCUCCGGCAAGAGCAGGCCUGGGUGACUGGCAAGCCGCGCGUAGAGUGGCUACGACAGGUGUACAACCCCGACAACAUUGUCUUCCACUCGAGGGUCAACGACGAGGGAGACUACUAUCUCGGGCGCCUCCCCUGGCUCACGCCCGAAGGGUUUGACCAGCCCAAGAUCACACUGGUCCCCGUCAACCUGCAUACCAUGGCGGCGUCCAACGACAAGCAGGAGACGAGGACCCUCGACGGCGUACGAACCGAAUACAGAGUUAUUGGACGGAUGCUCGUGUAUACACCGAGGCCUCGCAAGGGAUGGGCGCAAAUCUGGGUCACAGAGACGGCGUGGAACGACUUUGGUGCGCGAGAAAGGAGCUUCAUCGCCGGCAGGGUAGAAGCGGAGCAACACGAGGACUCGGUCUUUGACGGCCUCAAGUGCUUGGCUACGUUUCCUGUGAGGACCGACAUCCCCCAUCAUCACAUCCACAUCACGACGUCUGCCGACCUCCAACACUUUGACGUCUAUGUCGUGUCGGAUAUGAAAGACCGCUCGCACGUCUAUCGGCUCGCGACGACCGGUGGCAUCAGGGCCGAGGGGCUCAUCCAUGACAUUGAGCACCUCCCUGUAUAUGGCCCACUUGAGGUGAGUGGUCUCGCACCAACGGCCUAA